AUGAACCUCACUAUCACUACUACCAACACCAUACAGCCGUCUUCUACAAUGGCCCACCGAGCUCCUACCCUCCUAGACCACUUCUACAUUCAACUGCAAAAGCACCCUUCAUCAGUCGCAAUUGAAGAUGGAACACAGUCUGCAGACCAGGGAUCCUGGGAAAGGAUCACGUAUGCUCAGCUCGAUGCUCUGUCCGAGAUAUGGAGCAAACGUCUUCGCCUGGCCGGCGUGGGCGUAGGCUGUAUAGUUCCCCUUCUAUCGAAGAGAUCAAUCGCAAUGGUAGCAGCUACGUUGGCUAUCAUGAAACUCCGCGCCGCUUAUGUGCCCAUUGACACAGACUCGUGGGGAAAGGAUCGAAUAGACACUGUUCUCAAAACCGUCAACCCGCAAAUCAUCGUAUCAACAUCGGCGUGUCCGGAGGAUUACGACCUUUACCCAGUUGUGGAAUUGGAGCGGAACGACUUGGAUGAGGUUGCAAAGAGUAACGGGACCCAUUGUACACAAGAAGAUGGGGAUUCAAUUGAUAGAGGAGACGAUCUGGCAUAUAUUAUCUUCACAUCUGGUACGACAGGGAAACCGAAAGGAGUGAAGAUAGGCCAGAGAUCCAUUUCUUGUUACGUGAAAGAAGGGGGCGAUUUGCCAUUCAAUUUCAACACCAAACAUGGUACAAGGGUGUUGCUCAUCUGCUCAAUUGCGUUUGACGUCUGUGCCGGAGUCAUAUUCAACACCCUCUGCAACGGGGGAACCCUGGUUCUGGCCGAUCCGUCUACCUUUGAAGCCGCAGCCAAAACAUGCCACGUUUUGCCAUUGACUCCAAGCAUUCUGGUUACACUGGACCCGAAGGCGGGCUUCGAUACGGUGGAAAAGGUUUUCCUCGGUGGUGAAAGCCCAAGCCCAUCAUUGAUAGAGGCAUGGUCCUCUCCCCGUCGAAGGCUCUACAAUUCGUACGGGCCUACCGAGACAACAUGCACAGCGCUUAUGGGGCAACUCCUGCCUGGAUCCCCGAUUACUAUUGGCUUCCCAAUCUCAUAUAGUACUGUUAUAUUACUUGAUGAGGAUGGUUUGGAGUCCGUAGAAGGGGAAAUCUGCAUCUCUGGCCUAGGUCUCGCAUUGGGAUAUUUCCAGGAUCCAGAUCGCACAAACGGCGCUUUUAUCGAAAGGAAUGGUGUCCUGAUCUACAAAACUGGUGACUACGGCAAGCGGACCAAGCAUGGACUACAGUUUUGCGGUCGCAGGGACAGUGUGGUCAAGAAUAGGGGCUUCUUGAUCAACCUCGAAGCAGAUGUCGAGCCUGCUUUACAGUCCUAUGACAAAGUUGACAGCGCAUCGGCCUUCAUGUCCCAGGGUCGACUCAUUGCUUUUGUCACACCCGUAUCCGCCAAAGAGGGACUUCGUGAAUAUCUUGCGAAUACGGUAUCCUCGUUCCUAGUCCCUGAUGCGAUAUAUUCACUAGACGAGUUCCCCACAACAGGCAACGGGAAAGUCGACCGACAGAGCCUAAUGCGCAUGCAUGAGCUGGAACAAGGAUCAAAUACGGCCAGUCUUGAGAGAGGUAUCGGUGCAGUGGAAGCCGUUCGUAGAGGAUUAUCUCAUGUCCUCCGACUACCUGAAUCGCAAAUUCUUCAGGCUUCGUCUUUCCGUCAUCUGGGGGGCCAUUCACUAGCAGCAGUCAUGUUAGUUUCGGUCCUGAGGAGAAUGGGGUUUGGUAUCAGUGUCGCCGAAGUGCUUUUGUUGGAUACAGUCAAAAAUAUAGCUGCCGCUGCCGUGGAGUUGAACGAUAUCCCACAUGCCUUUCCUACCCAAGAAGAUUCAAUAGAACGACUAAGGCUCGAUAUAUCGACGACCCGGCCACUCGAUGAAGGUGCGGCUAUUGCACCUAUGACCGACAUGCAAACCAGAAUGCUCGGUGCUAGUGUUGCCACUCCAGGUCUUUCAUUUAUCAAGACAUCCUUUACUUUUGAUCAUCCAGAGAAACAAGACCUCACAUCUACUCUCCAUGCUGCUUGGGUUCGUCUUCAUCAGCGCCACGAGAUCCUGAGGACCUCAUUUGUCUUGACCGCAUCAAAUGGAGCCCAAGUAAUAUCCCAGGACCCGGGAUUUUUGUGGGAGCAGAAAUUCGUCACGGAGUCUGAGUGGGAAUCGGUUUGUCGACGCGAAGAGCAUCUGGAUGUGGCCGAGUUCGCAAACUUUGACGCAGAGAACAGAGCGUCGUUGUCGAGAGUUGUUCUGAUUGUCGCUCCCAGGAAGCGAACCCGGUUUAUCUGGACAGUCCAUCACAGCUUGGUUGACGGAUGGUCCAUGGCAACUUUGAUGCGAGAUUUCGCCUCUUGUCUCGAUGAUAAACCCAUGCCGGCACCACCACAAUUUGCUCAAGUUGCGCAAGCAAUAGGUCAGCUUAAGCUUGAGUCCUCGGAUAGAGCUGUUUCAUUCUGGAGAGAAUACUUAGGUGGAUAUACUCCUGCUCAGAGACUUCGGGUAUCACCACCCUCAGAUAUCAGCGACUAUGCGCAAGCAGCUUUAUCUCAGAGACUCAUUGUCAGCGUAUCUGCACUGGAGGCUGCCGCCAAGGAUCGAUUUGCAGUUACACCGGCCACACUUCUUUACGCUGCUUGGGGACUUCUCAUUUCCAGGUACUCCGGCACAGACCGCGCAGUGCUCGGAGCUGUUUUGUCUGGAAGAAGCUUGCCAAUACCUGGUGUUGAGAACAUCGUUGGCCCACUGAUUAAUACUUUACCGCUAGCGAUAGACACCCAGGAGGCGCAGUCCACAUACAGUUUUGUACAGUCCGUGUUCAGACGGCUGUGUGAUAUCUUGGAGUUCCAGUGGUCUCCUGUUGCAUUGAUUCAAGACGGCUGUGGGUGCAAUCCGGCAGAGCUCUUCGAGACGCUUUUUGCCUUGCAGUACGACUUUCCACACUCCCCCUGGGAGUCAAGCGAGGUCCCUGAGCCUAGGGAUAUUCGCUAUGAUGAAGCCACUCAGGUCCCACUCACUGUUCUGUUGGAUAGUGCCGAUGGCCAAUUCGAUGUUCGAUUUAUUUAUCGCCGGUCACACUUUGGUGAUGCAAUUGUGCAGAGAAUGAUUUGCCAGUUUGAUAAUCUCCUUGCGGCCCUAGUUACUGCGCAACCAGACACGGACUUGAGCAAUGCCACUGGACAAAUGUUCAACGAGCGAGAGUAUGACAUGUUGACUGCAAAACCACAGCAGCUGGCCUGCACCCGUGAAGUGCCAGAAAGCCUAGUGGAGGCUAUCGAAAACUCCAUCCAAGCGCAUCCUGAUAUCUGUGCCGUUGAAGGGUUGACGGGGCGUCUCACAUAUAGGGAGUUUGGAAGGAUGACGGAGCAUAUUUCCUGGCGCCUUUCGCAGCACAUCCAGCAGGAGAGCGUGGUCUGCAUGAUUAGUGAUGGCUCUCUUUUCUGGCUUCUGGCCAUGGUUGCAAUAGUCAGAGCCGGUGCUAUCUACUGUCCAGUUGAUCAAAAACUGCCUCGCGAUAGAAAGGACUACAUGGUUCGAAACAGCAGAGCAGCAUUGAUUCUCUACGCCAAUUCCACUCAGGACCCAUUGUGCAAUGGGGUCCCGUCUCUAAACAUGGAGUCAAUUAUGGCGGAAAUGUCUUCAUCUUCCUGCUCACCGAUUGCAACCAGUCGCAACCCUCCCAGUGGUGAUGAUGUCGCAUGCUUGGUUUAUACUUCAGGAAGUACAGGUUUGCCUAAAGCGGUCCAGCUGCAGCAUAAAGGUAUCCUAAAUGUGAUUUCCCAGCCAGAAGGACGACUGUACUGCCGUCCGGGCCAGCGCAAUGCGCAGAUGUUGUCCCUUGGGUUUGAUUGCUGCAUCAAGGAAGUCUUCUCCACCAUCUGCUUUGGUGCAACUCUGGUUCUAAAAGACCCUGAGAACCCUAUUGCCCAUCUAGCGAGAGUCGAUGCCACGAUGGCAACUCCGUCCCUACUUGCAACCUUGGAACCCCUCGAAUAUCCCAACCUGAAGGUAAUUACCGUUGCUGGAGAAGCCGUGUCCCAAGUUCUCAACGACAAAUGGGCGGCCGGAAGAGUUUUGAUCAACGGGUAUGGUCCUGCCGAGUGCACUUUGAUAUCUACGACAGCAAUUCUGCACCCAGGGAACAGGGUGUCAAUUGGUAAACCACUUCCGGGCCUGUCAUGCUAUCUUCUUGAUUCCAACCGACGUCCCGUACCAAUUGGAGUGAGCGGGGAAAUCUAUAUCUCGGGAGUGCAGGUCACUCCGGGGUAUCUUCACAACAAGCAAGAAACAGCCAAACGCUUCCUUGGCGACCCGUUUAACCCUGGCCAAGUUAUGUUUCGGACGGGCGACAUUGGAAGGAUGCUGGAGAACGGAGAUAUCGAGUAUAUCGGACGAGAAGACAAUCAAAUCAAACUUCGCGGGUUUCGCAUUGACCUUGGGGAGGUCCAAAGCACAAUCUCCAAACUAGCCUCAGCGGCUAAAAAUGUGGCACUCAUUGUGUCUAAUGGAAAUCUGAUUGCCUUUAUGACGCCUGAGACCAUUGACGUCAAGUGCUUAGCCAAAAGCCUGGAGUCGCAGCUCCCACAGUACGCUGUCCCAAAUCGAAUCAUCGCGCUUGCGACACUUCCUACCUCGGCAAAUAACAAGGUCGACUCGUCUGCAUUGCAGAGGUAUUUGAGAGAUCAAGAAAAGGACGGUGCUGUCGUUGAAGACCUCGAGACCGAUAUGCAGCGGACUCUUGCGGCCAUAUGGGCAGAUGUGCUUGGGCGUGAUCUGAACCGGAUGCCCAUCAGUCCCAGUGACCGUUUCUUUGAGCUCGGAGGCCACUCCUUACUGCAGAUCAAAGUCGCUCAAGCCAUUUCCAAACGCUGGGAUAUCCGACCAUUGCCACUCAAACAAGUAAUUCGCCAUCAUAGCCUUGGAGACUUGUCUCUUGCCAUCGACGAGCUUGUAAGUGACCGGACAGGAACAGUUUCAACAACGCCGUUCCUCGAGAUGUCCCCGGUGCCACGCGACGACCGACUUCCACUCUCGUACCUCGAGAAAGAAAUGUUGCUCAACCAUCUCAUAUCUGGCGGCUCGCCGGCCGGAAACAUGAACUUUGUAUGCAAGAUUCGGGGCGACAUCAACGCUGAAACCCUCGCAGACGCGUUCCAGAGGGUUACGGCAGAUAUUGAAGUGUUUCGCACCAGGUACUCAGUUAUUAACGGUACGCUCUUCCGGCAACAGGCUCCAGCAGCUGUCAAGGUGCCUCGCGUGGUCCAAACCGGUAACCUCAGCUCAUUUGUCCACGGCAGAAUCACCAAAUCGUUUGAUCUAAGCACGGAACCACCAGUAGAUGUCUCGAUUAUUAUAGGGACCCCCAUGCAAGCCAUGCUGGUAGUUGUCAUGUCUCACGUCGUUGGCGACGCAGCCACAAUGGCAACUUAUCUCAACCGGGUCUCCAAAACAUACGAGCUCCUGAGAUCAAACGCGCAACCAACCAACCACACCACCGUACCAGACAAUCUAACCUAUAUCGACUGGGCACACUGGGCUUCAACGCUCCACCCAAACCCCCGAGCCCUCAAAUUCUGGUCCUCGUAUCUCUCCAACCCCCCCUCGCCACUUACCUUCGGCAACCCUUCCCCAGCAGCAGCAACAUACAUCGGGCUCACCCGCUCCUGGACACUCCCCUCCUCAAUGCACCGCAACCUGGCCAACCUCGCAACCAAAGCAUCAGUAACAAUGCACCAGCUCAUCCUAGCCGCCGUCUUCUUCAGCCUACAGUGCGUCGACCGCCGCGACGACAUCCUCCUCGCAGCCCCCUUCACGCACCGCACCGAGCCCGGCACCGAGUCCCUCCCAGGCCUCUUCCUCGACCGCCUCCUCCUCCGCAUCCAACGCUCCCCGCACCAAUCCUCCCUCUUCGAAUUCCUCUCCUCAGUCCGCGAAACUAGCCAACAAGCCCUCGCACACAUCAUCCCCUUCCACGCCCUCCGCUCCUCCCUCUCCCACAAACCAAGCCUCAUCGACCCCCUCUUCAAAGUCAUGGCAACCUACCACACAGCCGCUGACCAGCGCCCCCUCCUAGACCUCCCCGGCGCAGAAGUCCAGCCCAUCCCGUGGCGCCAUACAGGCGGCUCCAAGUUCCCCUUGACAGUUGAGUUCACCGAGACGGCAGCCCAGGAUCUCCAGGUUGACAUGGAGUAUGAUCUUGGGUGUAUCAGGGAGGAUAUUGCGCUGAGGCUGGAAUUCGCGCUUUCCUUCGCAUUACAGCUUAUGGUUCUGGAGAUGGAGACUGGGGAUAUCAUCCAGUUGGUCCAGAGGUCGUUUCGCCCUGGUAAGGACGGUCUCGGAGGGCUUUGUGUGGAGACUGGAUUGCAUUCCCGGUUGACCAAUGGGAAUAACAAGAUGGAUACUACUGCGGGGCGACAAGGGCUCGAGAACCUCCUUGCGGAUGCAGUUUGUGAAUGUCUUGGGCUUGAGGCUCGGGCGGUGGACACCGACAAGUCAUUUUGGGACCUUGGGGGCCAGAGUCUGGAUGCCGUGAAACUACAACACCUAUGCGAGAAGCGGGGGGUCAGGGUCAGAUUACGGGAUAUCUUUGUUUCUAGGAGCCUUUUGGAGCUGGCAACGUGCGCUGUGAUGAUUUGA